UCAACAUACUUUACCUUACGUACCUGCUUGCCUUUAACCUGUUCAUUUCAUCUUGUUUUCUUCAUCAAUCUUCAUCCAUCUUCUCCUCACUCCUAUCUCUAUCAUCAAUCCUUCUAAUAUACCAUCAAUCAAUUGAGGAAUCGCAGCACAUACAUACGAAUAACCAUGUCGGAGCUACGUUAUGAUGGUCAAGUCGUCGUUGUGACGGGAGCUGGCGGUGGCUUAGGAAAAGCAUAUGCUCUCUUUUUUGGUUCAAGGGGAGCAAGUGUGGUCGUAAAUGACCUUGGAGGAUCUUUCAAGGGCGAGGGCACUUCCACAAAGGUAUCUAUUCCUUCCAACCAUCAAUCAACCAUUUUCAAUUCCCAGCCAUUUGCUAACAUCAUCUCAAGGCCGCAGAUGUCGUAGUCGAUGAAAUCAAAGCCGCAGGCGGAAAGGCUGUAGCAAACUACGAUAGUGUCACAGAGGGUGAAAAGAUCAUCGACACCGCCAUCAAAACUUAUGGCCGCAUCGAUAUUUUACUCAACAACGCUGGAAUCCUUCGCGAUAUUUCAUUUAAGAACAUGCAAGAUAAAGAUUGGGAUCUGAUCAUUGAUGUUCACGUAAACGGAUCAUAUAAAUGUGCAAAGGCCGCCUGGCCACAUUUCAGAAAACAAAAGUAUGGAAGAGUGAUCAAUACUGCUAGUGCGGCUGGUUUGUUUGGAAGCUUUGGUCAAACAAAUUACUCUGCGGCUAAAUUGGCCAUGGUUGGAUUUACGGAAACUUUGGCCAAGGAGGGUGCCAAAUACAACAUCCACGCAAAUGUUAUUGCUCCUAUAGGUAUGUUUUCCAUUCUCUUUGAGACUACGUUCGGCCACUAAUGAAUAAUAGCUGCUAGUCGAAUGACUCAAACUGUCAUGCCACCCGAGAUUCUCGAAAACUUAAAACCAGAUUGGGUAGUUCCUCUUGUAGCAGCUUUGGUACACAAGGAUGCCCAAGAGAAUGGUUCAAUCUUUGAAGUUGGCGGUGGACACGUUGCUAAACUUCGAUGGGAACGUUCAAGUGGUUUGUUGCUCAAGGCAGAUGAUUCAUACACUCCAGGAGCUAUCCUGAAAAAGUGGGAUCAAAUUAAUAACUUCAAAAAUGCCGACCAUCCUGAUGGUCCUGCGGAUUUCAUGGGCCUUCUCGAGAAAUCAAUGAAGAUGGGACCAAAUGACAAAGGAGAGACUCUUGGUUUCAAGGGAAAGGUUGCUUUAGUCACCGGUGGAGGCGCUGGGUAAGUAAAUAUAAUCUGUUCUUAAGGGGUUAGGCUAAUUUUCUUAGUAUUGGUCGAUGCUAUUGCUUGGCGUUCGCCAAAUACGGUGCUUCAGUCGUUGUUAAUGAUUUGAUGAAUCCAGAUGAUGUUGUUCAAGAAAUCCAGAAGCUUGGUGGAAAAGCUGUUGGUGUGAAGGCAUCCGCUGAGGAUGGAGAUGCUGUUGUCAAAGCUGCAAUCGACGCUUACGGACGUAUUGAUAUUAUUAUCAACAACGCUGGUAUCCUCCGUGAUAAAGCUUUCACCAAUAUGGAUGAUAAGAUGUGGAAUCAAGUUUUGUCUGUCCAUCUCAGAGGUACAUACAAAGUUACCAAGGCUGCAUGGCCAUACUUCUUAAAGCAAAAGUAUGGUCGUGUAGUUAAUACUACUUCUACCAGUGGUAUUUAUGGUAACUUUGGACAGGCCAACUAUGCUGCUGCUGUAAGUUCAAUCCCUUGACGACUUGAAGACCCUUGCUGACCUCCGAAGAAAUGUGGUAUUCUCGGUUUCUCUCGUGCCCUCGCUCGUGAAGGUGCCAAAUACAACAUCUAUGUUAACACGAUUGCACCAAAUGCUGGUACUGCAAUGACUAGAACCAUUAUGCCAGAAGAGAUGGUUCAAGCAUUCAAGCCAGACUACAUAGCGCCAUUAGUAGUUGCUCUUUGUAGCGAUAAAGUUCCACCCCCACCAACUGGUGGUCUUUUCGAAGUCGGUAGUGGAUGGGUUGGACGAACAAGAUGGCAACGAACAGGUGGACACGGUUUCCCCGUCGAUGUUAAACUUACCCCAGAAGAAGUUGUGAAGCAUUGGGCAAAAAUCACCAACUUUGAUGAUGGACGAUCGGAUCACCCUGAAGAUAGUCAAGAUGGUUUGAAGAGUAUUAUGGCGAACAUGCAAAAUAAGCAGGCCGGUGUGAGCAAGGUAUGAAAGUUUUUAUUCAUAUGUAGGCAGGGCGUCAUGUAUAUUAGCGCAAAAUAAAGAUAUUUGUUAACUUAUUUUCCUGUUACAGAAAGUUGAGAAAAAGGUUGAAGUGAAUCAAGAAAUCCUUGAUAAAAUUGCUGCUGCCAAGAAAGCUGAAGCCCGUGGAAGCGAGUUCAAAUUUGAAGAGCGUGAUGUUAUGCUAUACAACCUUGGAGUAGGUGCAAAGAAGUCGGAAUUGUCUCUAGUUUUGUAAGUUGCUCGUUUCUUUCAUCCAAAACUCGACUAAUUGAAGUAUAGUGAGGGUGAUGAUAAUUUCCAACCUCUUCCAACUUUCGGUGUUAUCCCCCCAUUCAACGCCGAAGCCCCUUUCACUUUUGACGAAAUUGUCCCAAAUUUCUCCCCUAUGAUGCUUCUCCAUGGCGAACAAUAUCUCGAAAUCGCCUCCUACCCUAUUCCCACCUCUGGCACUCUUAUCUCAUCACCAAAACUCAUUGAAGUUGUCGAUAAAGGCAGUGCCGCCGUUGUGAAAGUGGGAACUACAACCAUAGAAAAAGAAACCGGAAGGAAAAUUUUCUAUAACGAGCAAACCGUCUUCUUGAGAGGAUGUGGUGGGUUUGGUGGUGAGAGAAAGGGGGCAGAUAGGGGAAAUAGCACGAGGGCUAAUAAAGUUCCUGAAAGAACACCUGACGCGGUGGUGGAAGAGAAGACGACAGAUGAACAGGCUGUACUUUAUAGGUUGAGUGGUGAUGUGAGUUUGAUAUUCUUAUGCAAGAGGAUGAAGACACUAACGGAAAUAGUAUAAUCCUCUUCACGUCGACCCAGCAUUCGCAGCUGUAGGUGGAUUCAAAGCUCCUAUUCUUCAUGGUCUAUGUUUUAUGGGUAUUGCCGGUAAAGCUGUAUAUCAAAAGUUAGUAUCCUUUUCCUUCUUUCCUUCCUUUCUCCCCUAUUACCUUUCUAUUCUCUUCAAUAUCCUAUCUCUAUACUAUCUCAACCCAUUCUAACGAACAUAGAUUCGGAGCCUACAAAAACAUCAAAGUCCGCUUCGUAGGCACGGUUGUCCCAGGCCAAACUUUAGUCACGGAAAUGUGGAAGGAGGGUGAUAAUAGAGUGGUUUUCCAAACUAAGGUUAAGGAGACGGGGAAAUUGUGUAUUGCGGGUGCGGGAGUGGAGUUGUUGGGCGAGGAGAAGGGGAAGUUGUAGAUGAGGGUGAGAGUGAGUGUUGUGGUUGGGGAAAUGAUAGAGAGGGGAGGGUUUGAAUUUGUAAGAGUUGGGAUGUAAUGGAAAAGGCUGGGAUGGACUAAGAUGGAAGGAAUUAGUAUCUGGUCCUCCUCGCCUUGGGUUUUCUUUGAAGAUUGAUAUGUAUAUGGAAUAUUGUAUGGUAUGGUAUGAAAUGAAUAGAAUGAAUUGCUUUGAUUUGAUUAU